AUGUCUGGUGUAUCAAAGCUCGCUCAAUUCGGUAAAAAGCACAUUGCCAAAGGUAUCGGUAGAUCUACCGAGCUUGUCAUUGACAAGGCAAAGGGAACCUACGUCUACACUGCUGAAGGCAAGAAGUAUCUCGACCUCACCACUGGUAUUGGUGUCACCAACACUGGUCAUUGCCACCCCACUGUAGUGAAGGCUGUUCAGGAACAAGCUGCCAACAUGUCUCAUGGUCAAGUCAACAUUUUUUAUCAAAAGCCCAUGUUGGAUCUCAUUGAUGGUUUGUUACCCAGAAUGCCCUCUCCCAAGCUCGACACCUUCUUCUUUUGGAAUUCCGGAUCUGAGGCUGUUGAAGCUGCUGUCAAGGUCGCUCGUCAUGCCACCAAAAAGCAAAACAUCAUUGUCUUCCAAGGCUCUUACCACGGUCGUACCUUUGGUACUAUGGCCUUGACCACUUCCAAAACCAUCUACAGCGCUGGUUUCUCUCCUUUGAUGCCUGGUGUCCACGUUGCUCCUUACCCUUACUUCCAACAAUGGUCUGCUCAUAAGGCUGAUCCCGAGAAGUUUUCUCCUGAGUGGUGUGGCGAAGAGGCUUUGCAUCAACUGGAGCUUUUGUUGAAACAACGCUCUGAUCCUCAAGACACUGCUGCUAUUUUAAUUGAACCUGUUCAAGGUGAAGGUGGUUACGUUGUUCCUCCCAAGAACUUCUUGGACGGCCUUCGUAAGAUCUGUGAUAAGCAUGACAUUUUGUUGAUUGCCGACGAAGUACAAUCUGGUUUUGGUCGUACUGGUAAGAUGUUUGCUGUCGAGCAUUUCGGUGUUGUUCCCGAUAUUUUGGUCAUGGCAAAGGGUAUUGCAUCUGGUUAUCCUCUUUCUGCCAUCGUAUCUCGCAAGGAAAUUAUGGAUAAGCAACCUCCUGGUUCCAUGGGCGGUACCUAUUCUGGUAAUGCUAUCUCUUGUGCUGCUGCCAAGGCUACUCUUCAGGUAUUCGACGAUGAGAAGCUUCUCGACAACUGUAAUGUUCGCUCCGAGCAAUUCUUUAAGGGUUUAAGAGAAAAACUUCCUGCUCUUUUACCUGAGGGUGUUACUGUUGAUAUCCGUGGUAAGGGUUUGAUGAUCGGCAUUGAAUUCAUGGGUGUUCCUUAUGGUUUCGCCAACAGCAUUGCUGCUGAGGCCUUGAAACGUGAUACCAUCAUCUUGACUACAUCCAUCUACGAAACCCUCCGUUUGAUUCCUCCUCUCAAUAUCACCGAGGAAGAAACUGAUCUUGCUCUCGAAAAGGUUGUUGCUAGUGUUGCCGCUGCCGUCGAGAACCUCAAGAAGGCUUAA